AUGGCGAGCGGAGUGGCGGCCGCCGGCGCAUUCGACCCUCUCUCCAACGUCUGCCUGCUCACCAUCAUGACGCAGGAGCGGCUUGCCUCGCUGCACCGCAUGUUGCUCUCGUGGGACGGCUGGGUCUCCAUCGCAAUGCUCGUCGAGGCGGACGAGUACGCCUCGCUCGCCGGUGCGGGCCCAGACAUGGCGCUGCGCUACCGUGGCAGGUCCGUCGCGGCGCCAGAGCGCGUGGCGCUCGCCCUGGUAAGUGACGUCGGCUACCGCGCCCCGUCCAACCGCUUCCCCUACAACCUACUGCGCAACGCGGCGCUGCGAGGGUGCGAGGCGACGCACGUGUUCGCGGCCGACGUAGACUUUGUUCCCUACCCGGUGCGACCGUCGGCGCGGCUGCGCUCGCGCCUCGAAGAGCUCGAGGUGCGGCCCGGCUCGAAGAACGUCCUCGUCGUCGCCGCCUUUGAGCAAGUCGGGCCGCGGCCGAGCGAGGCGGAGGGUGAGGCGCUGGACAAGCCGGCACUGCGCCAGCUCGUCGGCUCGGGCGAUCUGAUCUCCUUUGCCUCGGCCGUCUACGAGCGUGGACACGAGUGCGACCAGGCGAGCGUGAUCUACUGCUGCUACCCCUGCCCCGCUGGCACCGAUGCCGCCACCAGCGCCACCAGCUCCGCCCGAGUCGCCGUCGCGGUGCACACCUUCCUCUCAGCAGACACGCCUUUUGCCACUGAGUAUCGGUUUGGGUGCGAGCCCUACACCAUCGUACCUCGCGCCGACGCACACGCCUACGAGGAGACAUUCGUGGGCUAUGGCAAGGACCGGGUCUCCUGGAACUACGAGCUGGCCGCCAAGCAAGCAGCGUGGCACGUGGUGCCCGACGUCUUUCUGGUCCACUUCAACACCUACGAUGAGGCCAAGCCAAAGGCAAAGUACGGCCACUUUCCGACCGACUGGCUCAUCGGGGAGAGCUGCUGGCCGCCCUUUCGCGACCGCGUCGCCGCCGCGUACAACUACUCGUACUAUACGUGCCACCAGGCCAGCAUCGAUGCCAUGAGCGACCGUCGGCUGUCCAGCUGCGUCGCAGAGGCUGAGCGCGUCUGUGUUGCGCCCUACUGUGUGCCUCCGACAACCACCUUCCGCCCAGCCGCCGCCGACCCGGCUGCUAAGGCGGCAGUGUCGCCCGGCCGCCCCUUCACGCUUCCACCGCCACCGCCUCCGGCACCAGUGCGUUACCCUGGGCCCGCAGUGGUGAUGCUCGGCUGCGAGGGAUGCGGCGUCGUCGAGAUGUUCCGCACGCUUUCUCGAGUCGGCGGCAUGGCGGCCGCGGGGGCCGACGCUUCGGAGCCGAGCUGGCGGGACCGGCAGGUCAACUUUUUUGACGUCGAGGCGCGCUUCCUCCUCGGCCAGGAGUGGUACCUGCGCCGCUGGCCGCUCAUCGACGGCGGGGAGCCGCGCGGCAUCGACGGCUCCGGCUCGUACCUGCACUCCUCCGAGGCGAUGCUCCGACUCCCGGCGACGCUGCGGCCCUCCACGACACUGCUUGUGUUGCUGCGCGACCCUGCUUCACGCGCCGCGGUGCGAUGGCGCGAGCUUCGCCGUCGGCAGGACUACGCUCGCGGCGCAACCUACGCAGGCAAGCUGUACGCCGAGGCGUCUGCGCUUCUGCGCUGUAUCGAGCCAUCGGCGCUGAGCGGCGGCAUGGGAGACGGUGGCGGCGGGCAGAAGCGCCAGGAGGCGCAGUCCGAGGUGGCGGCACGCUCGACGGGGGAUGGCGCGGCGAGCGAGCUAAGCAGCGAGCGCUGGGAGAAAUGUGCACUGAUCGCCUCGGGACUUCGCUCGUCCGUGGUCGGCGGAGGAAUCUACGAGCCUCAGCUGCGUGCGUGGUUCGCCGCGGCGCGAGCGUUUCGGUGGAUCGUGCUUCCUGCGGAGGCCCUUGCCGAGCCUACCGCCGCGCACGCCGCCCUCGAACGCCUCGGCCUAGCGCGGCCCGAGUGCGUCGCACAGGAUCUCUCGGACCGCCUUGCGGCCCCACCAAACAGCACAGCGGCUGAAGAAGGGCCUGUCGCUCCAGCACACGGCCGCAGAGUGCACCGCACCAUUCACGCGGCAACCGCGGCGGGGGCCAGCAUUGCCGCCGCGAGACAGGCCGCCGAGGACAUGCUGCGCGCCUUUUUCGCGCGAUACAACGGCCGGCUUGCGCCGCUCCUGGUCGAGGUCGAUCCAGAGUCGCAGGCCCUCUGGCGUGCCGCCGCUUGGCUGCCCCGUGGCGAUGAGGCGGAACAGGCGAUCGGCGCGACGGGUCGCCGCGCGCUUCUCGCGUCAAUGGCCUCGCUGAGAGCCGCGCUAGUCGCCAGUGGGGAGCCGCCAGAGGCCUCAGCUGUCGGCGCCGGCCGGUGGCUCGGAAGCGCGCCGAGACCGCGGGUCUUCUUGCUCGGGCCUCGUGAAGCAGCCGCCGAGGUGCUCACUGCCACACUGCACGGCGGGCAAGAGCAUGGCACUUGCGUCGGGGCUCUCAGCCUUUUCGAUGACGACACACGCUACCUUGGUGGCCUCGCCCGCGCCGCUUCCCGCCUGAUGCGACGAGCUGACCUGCUCACCUCGGCUACCAUCUCGAAUGGGACAGCGCUGGGCAGGCCCUGCGCUCACCUCGUUGACACCACCGCCUACUUGCACACCCGUUGGGCUGCGACGCGCAUCCGCUCAGCGCUCCCGCCUGCUGAGCAGCUGCGCUUCAUCGCCGUGCUGCGGGAUCCGGCGGAGCUCGCACUCCGACACUGGCGUGCGUUGCGGGGCGCUGUUGCGGCGCGGCUCGCGCCGAGUCGCUUGCUCCGCGGCUCGGACGGUUUGCCCGGUGCCGUUCGACGCGGCGCCGCCCCAAACGCCAGCCGCGCUGGCAGCGCUUCAGCCAGCGUCUUGGGGUACCAGAGGUACUUCAACGGGAGCACGCUCGCGCGCAAGGUGCGCGACGAGGCGACGGCCAUUCGCGGUUGCUUGCGGGGCAGGGGUGCCGCCGUCGGCGGCGUAAGCUUUGACGAUUGGAAGGCGUGCACCACGCUGCAGUGCAACUGGAUGGAGUGCCUCCUCGCCUGGGGCAUGUACGCACCGCAGCUGCGCGGCUGGCUAGGCCUCUUCAGCCCGCGGCAGUUUUUACUGCUCGAGGCGACGCAGUUGACAGCGGAGCCUCGCGCCGUCGCUGCGCAGCUCGCCGACUUCAUGCAGCUGCCCCCGCUCACCGACACGCUCGUCGAAGGGAUCGCGGCGCGCGAGGCGGCGGCUCGCGCGCCACCCGGCCAGAGCAAGCAGGCGGUGGCUCUGCUGCGGUCCUUUUACGCUGACCACAACCCGUCGGUCCGAGCGCUCUUCGAGGCGAUGGCUCGACCGGGGGCGUGGCGCAGCGCGGGGCAACGCGCCACGGUCGGCAUCGGGCGCAUCGCCGACGCCGCAGAGAGACUUCACAACUCUGCUGGCGGGCCCCCACCGGUCGGCGUCGCCCUCGAGAGUGCCAUCGGCGCGAGCGGCGUCGCGAGCGGCAAGCCCGACGAGGACGUGGAUAUGAGCAACGUCGCGUCGCUCACCACACCGCCCGAGUGGUGCGCCCGCUUGACCGCGGGCCCGCUCGUCGCCAGCUCAACCCACUCGCAGCCUCCGCCCCCUCCCCCGCCGCCCCCGCCGCCCCCGCCUCCGCCGCCUCCGCCGCCUCCGCCGCCUCCGCCGCCUCCGCCGCCUCCGCCGCCUCCGCCGUGCGGCCGCAGCAGCCACGUGUCGCCGAGCACGCCGCCCGACGAGAGGCCGCCGUGA